CGUUUUUGGGGAAGGGCUCCUGCAGCGAAAUUUCGAGCGUUUCUAACGAAGCCCUGCAUGUGGGGUUGGAAAAGGGGUGGGCGAGGAAUUGCAUUUCUGCAGGGAGAUUUGCACCUGGCAAGUAUGAAAAUAAAUCGCAGGUAAAUUCAGAGCUACAGGCGAGAAAGCGAAGCAGUGGAGAGCUAAGUGAACCUGUGACCCCUGACCCCAACAGCAUCCUAGGAUCACGCAUUCAACACAGCUGGAGAGAAAAGGGUACCCUGACCAAGUGGAAGGGGACUGUCCUGGACCGACUUACUGUAAACCCCUCUCUGUACAUGGUCAAAUAUGACGGCUUUGACUGCGUGUAUGGAAUUGAGCUCUUCAAAGAUGAUAGGGUCUCCCGGCUACAGGUUCUAGAAGAGAAAGUGGUGAACACUAAGAUUAAAGUUCCUAACAAUGCAGAGGAGUUGGUUGGAAAAGCAGUCGAGCAUCUCUUUGAGAAAGAAGAUGGAGAGAAGAACGAAUGGAGGGGGAUGGUGCUGUCACGGGCACCUGUCAUGACCAACUGGUAUUACAUCACUUAUGAGAAGGACCCUGUACUUUACAUGUAUCAGCUGUGGGAUGAUUAUAAGGAGGGAGAUCUGCGCAUUCUCCCAGAGGCUGAAAACAAGCAUCUCCUUCCUGCAGACAGAAAGCCAGGAGAGGAGCCAGAAAGCCUUGUGGGUAAGCAGGUGGAAUAUGUCACGGACAAAGGGGUGAAGAGGACAGGCCUGGUGAUCUAUCAGGUGCCUGCCAAGCCUUCAGUCUACUACAUCAAAUAUGAUGACGACUUUCACAUUCACGUUUAUGAUCUUGUUAAAACUUCCUAAAAAGGAUGCCAGGCUGCAUUUGUCUCAUUGGCCUUUAUUUUUUUUUUUUUUUUCCUUUUUUAAACCAACCCAACUUGAACUCAUUUCAGCAAACGCAGUCAUUUCCUUGCAUUCCACCAACAAAUGUUUUUUCCUAGUUUAGAGGUCUGAGGUCCCCAUGACAGUGAGUACCAAAGGAAAAGAGACAUUGGGUGCAAGAAGGAGAGAUCUAUUUAAGGCCUUUGUGUUCACUGUAGUCAUGCUGUAGUAACAUCUUAGAGUACAAGUCCCUUUGGAAGUCUCUGCUAAUCUGUGCUCUACUUUGAGCUUGCCUAGACCAAACUAGGAGUGGUGUCUUUGGAGACAUAUGCAGGGUUUUUAUUGUGUGACCACUAAAUCAGUGUACUGUGUACAGUCAUAGAUCACCUUCAAGCAAGCGCCAUGCCCUCUCAUCACAUUGUAGCUGUUAUUUAAAAAUGGAGGUCACCACCCACUCCUUAUGAAACACAAAAAAAUUCAAUUUAACUGCUUCUUCUUGCUUUAUAUAUAACUGGCUGGUGGUUUUAAUCCAUCUCAUGCUUAUAAUAACUAGCGCAUAAAAAAUUAUUUUUCUUUCUUUUUUUUUGGAUGGAGUGGCGUGGUUGUUAUAUUUUGGAAGGUGGGUGGCAUUUAUAAUGCUGGAGAGAUGUAUACAAGCUUAUGUUUCAAAAUCGUUAAAAUAUUUUCUUAAACAAAAUUAUUUCAAUAUGGAGGGAGGAAUCAUGCCAGCUUGAGGCUUAUUUUGAAGAAGCCGCUUUCUUUACAUCUUACUCUACUGCAAUUACUUAGUUUUUGAUGCGGCAAUGAAGAGAAAAUAAAAAAAGAUUCACCUUAAUUGUUUUUAAAUAUUAGUGUGUAUGUUUAUCUUACUGCCAACCACCCAAGUAUAAAGCCUAAAGUGUCCAGCAGGCUGGACAGCGCAAUACAGAGUGGACAAAUGAAAAAGAAUGUAUCCAGCCAUUUUUUUUUUCCUCCUACUUCUAAAAGUCACAUAAAACUACUUAACUCCACAGACAUACAGGGAAUUUGAAAAGACAAAACUGAAGCAAGUCCCAAACAGAGAAGAACAAUAACUGGUUACCAGCGAUGUGUAUACUGCUUAUCAAUUUCCUUAGUGAAAAUACAAGCUUACUGUAGCCCCCUUAUCACUCACUCCAGCCCCUCUUUCCUAAAGUUUAAUCUGUAGUCCCAGCGUGUCCUUAAUCUGUAAUCUAGUCACCAUGCCACAUUUUUAUAUAUUUUCCAACUGCUAAAUAGCCCUGGUUCCCCCUUUGGUGUGAAGGUUAUAUUUGUAUAUGUAUUGCCAAGCACCAUUAAUUUCUGAAGCAUACUGAUAUUGAGAGCGGUCAUGUUGCAAAAUUGUAUAAAGUAUUUAUUUUAUAAUAUUAUUUGCGUGUCUUUUUUGCUUUGACAAAGUUGAAAUUUUACAUAGCUUGCCUAGUCCCGUUUUUUUUCCCUUCAUAUUAGAAUUGCACACAUUCUAAAUGAUUUGAAAAUACAGUCUGAAGGAAGAAAACUAAAUUUCACUUGAUUAUUAUGGACUGGGAAUGGCUGGGGCAAGUUUGCUACAGGAUCUUUUAACAAUUGGCUAUUAAUGCUAAUGUUGGGAAACCAUGGGAAUUUCAGUUGUGUUCGGUCAUUUUGUAUUUAAUUAUCUCUCAGCCACACAUAGUGUUGUUCAUGUCUCCAAUCAGAUAUGUACAGUUUAAAUGUAUAAAAAAAAAAACAAACAAGAAAAGAAACGGUUUACUCACCACAGCUCAUGUAAAGCAUGCAUAUGUUUGCCUUAGUGUAACAAUGAAACUGUUCACAUCCUUGUGGUUUCAAAAAUAUCUCUAUAAAUGUAACUUAUAGACAGUGCCUAGAAUUCCUGCUGGUUUUAUUUUUGGUUACUGUGGAGACCAUCCCACUGGUUACUUCAGUUAGAUGUCACUCAGAAGGGGUUUUGGCAAAGAUAGGUGGGCAGAAACCAGAACUUUGAGCAGGAGCAGUUUAGAACCGUGUAUUCAUAGGCUUCAUUGAAGUUGUACUUUAGAGAGGUUUUCUUUUGUGCUCUUCUUUUCCGUAAUUUUAAAGGAGCCAUAAAAUGGCCAGUCAGCAUUGUUAAGUAUUUUUCUUGUGAAAAUCCUGGAGUUCUUCCGUGUAACGGUACAAAUCCAAGAUUUUUUUUUUUUAUUUAUUUUUUUUUUUUUUCCUUCUUCAAAAAUUGAGACUGAGAGGCUGGGUACACCCAGCAUUGUGCCAAUUGUGAAGUACAAGAGAUUUGAAGAAGCGCACGACAGCCAUGUUGUCUCUUGAAAGGCUACCCUGCCCCUCUAAGGGCCAGCGUGAAGAUUGGACCGUGCUGUGGGACAGUCACACGUAAUGAACUGGUUUUGUUUUUUGUUCCUCCCAAUUCUGAGCCGGACCAUCAGCUUGCCAGUUUCUUGUGAUGUUAAGUCUACUGCCAUUUUGCAUUAAGGCGUUAACAUUAAGUGUUAACUGUAUUUUCUUGUUUCUCUGCUUUACCAAAGCUACUUUUUAUUUCUAAGUAGUAGUUCAAACAAGCUGUUUUAUUUACUAUUCUGGUUGUGUCAAUUGAGCUGGUCAAAAUUAAAGAGAUAUUUUUUUUGCCCUU